AUGAAUAUAAUUAAUUAUUUUAGACAUUCUCAAAAUUAUUCUUUAUAUAAUAAUCCAAAUCCUAUAUUUCAUCAAGUCAAUGAUUUAAAUGGAUCUCAAGAACCAAACAAUAAUAAUAAUAAUAGCAGUAAUAAUGGUAAUAACGGUAAUAAUAAUAAUAGUAAUAAUGGAAAUCAAAAACAAUCAUCAUCAUCAUCAUCUCAAUCAUCAACCUCUCAAUUACAACCAUCACAAACACAAUUAUCAAUACUUCAACAAAAUGGAAAAUAUAAUAAUGGAAAUACACAAGUAAACCGAACAAGUAGUUUUACACCUUCACCAGUGUUGUAUAUGACACCAAUGGCACCAAUCGAUUAUGGUAUUUCAGACGAUAUGUUGAUGGAAGAGAAAUUGGAUGGUGGUUGUUUAUCUGCAACCUCUAGUCCUGCAUUUCCUUCGAGUGAACAAGAUGCAGUUGUUCCUGAUUACAUUUCAAGUAUGAUGAUGUCUUGUUUAGACUCUGAACUCUCCAUUAAAUAUGGUAUUUCAAGUUUCCAAGGUACUCGUAGAUAUAUGGAAGAUAGACAAAAAAUUAAAAUUGGUUUUGAUAAUAAUCCAAAUGUUUCUUUAUUUGGUGUAUUUGAUGGUCAUGGUGGUUAUAAAUGUGCAGAAUUUGUAAAGAAAAGAAUUGUACAAUAUAUGAAUAAAUUUUUAAAAGAGAAUAAAACUGGAUACUCGAGUGGAAAGAAUAGUAAUGGGUCAUCGGCAGCUUCGAGUCCAGCAAUGUACGAGUCACCAAAUUGGCUAAAGAAAAAUGUGAUUGGGUGUGGUAGUUACAAUGAAAUUCAACAACGAAGCGAGUUUCUUCAACAAGCGUUAUUUAGUACCUUUCAAACACUGGACAAUCGUUAUUACAAGAAAUACAGACAAAAGAAUGAAAGUGGAACUACAUGCUUGGUGGCACUAUUAUCUGCUCCUCCAAACCUUCAACCUCUGUUGAUUGUAGCCAACGCCGGUGAUUCACGUGGAGUACUGUGUCGCAGUGGCAAGGCAAUUGCGCUGUCAUUUGACCACAAACCUGGUAAUCCAAAAGAGAAACAACGUAUCAAUACGGCUGGUGGAAAGGUCGAAUGGGAUUACUCUGAACGUAUUUGGCGUGUAGCAGGUGUAUUGUCAGUGUCACGUGGUAUUGGUGAUAUUCCACUUAAAAAAUGGGUUAUAUGUGAUCCAGAGUUUGUAGUCAUUCCACUUAAAUGUAUAUCACCUAAUAGUCAAGUAGGUGUCAGUAGUGGUGGUGGUGGUGGUGGAGCAGGUGCCAACCUUCGAAACAGUGGAAAGUUCUUUGGUUACUCUUCACCAUUAAGUGUCGGUUCGCCACUCACCCCAUCCAAAUUAUCGUCAUCUCCAUUCAGUCCCAAACUACUGCUCUCACGUAAGAGCAAGCGUCAUUCAUCCCCUCUCAAUACCCACAACCAAACACCUGCUGGUUAUGCAGCAUCCUCUCCCAUGUCUGGUGCUUCAAAUCCUUUGUCACCAGAAUCAUCAAUACCAUCUUCACCAAAUUUUAAUAAUCAUUCAAACAACGUACCAACAACAACAACAACAACAACUAGUACAUCAGACGAUUCAGUUGUACCAGAUAUUGAUAAUAACAAUCCAAUUGAAAUUGUCAGUCAUCAACAUCGAAAUCAUUUAUCAAAUUCUUCGAGUCCAAACUCAUCACCAAAACUAUCUAGAAGACAAUCAGUUGGUGUUGUUAAAAAGUCAGCUCAACCAAGCUCCACGUCCUCUAACCAACAAGGAAGUUACAAUAUUAGUAAAAACAAACAUUGUUCUCCAAUGCAACCAGCCACACCAAAUAUAGAAUUGGAUCAAUAUUUUGUUGUUGCUACCGAUGGUAUUUGGGAUGCGUUUACCAACCAAGAAUUGAUUGAUUUCAUCAACAACACCAUCUAUGAUAUCUACAGUACAAAGAGAUUGGAUUGGGAUCCAACAGAUAUUGCUAAACGAGUCACAAUGGAGGCUUGCAUUAGAGGUAGUGGUGACAAUAGUACUGUCAUCAUUGUCAAAUGUUUAUCUCAAUAA